CCCAGUUUCGUUUUUCGUUAUUCGGGGCGGCGGCAGCGAAGACGAUGGCGGAGCCGGGCCUGGUAGGGCUGGAGGAAGAACUGACCUGCUCCAUCUGCCUCUGCGUCUUCAACAGCCCGGUGACGGUGCCCUGCGGGCACAACUUCUGUGCCUCCUGCCUGGACCUCACCUGGGCCGGGCUGUCGAGCAACUUCAGCUGCCCGCAGUGCCGGGCCACCUUCCCGGGCCGCCCGCAGCUGCAGAAGAACACGGUGCUGUGCCGGGUGGUGGAGCAGCUCCAGGGCUACACCGGGACCGAGGCCGAGGAGGCGGCGGGGUGCGGGGAGGAGGCUGCCCCUAUCUUAUGCGACAGCUGCCUGCAGGCUCCGGCCGUGCAGACCUGCCUGACCUGCACCGUCUCCUUCUGCGCCGAACACCUGCGGCCGCACCAGGACAGCCCGGCCUUCCGCGACCACCAGCUCUGCCCACCCCUGCGCGACCUGCAGCAGCGCAAGUGCUCGCAGCACGGCAAGCUCUUCGAGUUCUUCUGCACCCAGCACGGCAUCUGCAUCUGCUCCCUCUGCCUCCUUGGGCACAAGCUGUGCCACACCAGCCCCCUGCAGCAGGCCAAAGCCAAUGCCGAGGCGGCGCUGAAGAAGAAACUGGUAGAGCUGCACAAGCAGGGUGAGAAAGCUGCUCGAGCCAUGGACACUGUGAAAACAAACCAAGGCCAAGCUGUUGACGCAGUUUCCAGGAAGAAAGAUUUGAUCAGAAAUGAGUUUUCAGAAAUUAAAGCUUUAAUUGAAGAAAGAGAAACUCAGGCCUUAAAAGUAAUUGCGGAUGAAGAAAAAAGAGUUUACAAUAAGUUUGAUUAUAUUCACGGUAUUCUGGCAAGUAAGAAGAAUGAAAUUCAGUCUCUCAAAGAUCAGACUGAGAUGGCACUGACGGAAGCUGAUGACGUUCUGUUUUUGAAGAGAGCAGCAGCACUGCAACGAACAUCAACAAAAGAUGCUUUUGUUCCAGCAAUUGAAAUGGACCAAAACUUGAUACAAUCCACUUAUGAGUCUGCCAUUAAUCUUAAAGACAUUGUGAAAUUUUCAGUGACUCAGUCGAGGGAGAAACUAGCAGAAGUAAAACUAAUACCUGGGAGAACUAGGCCCACUCGUGUGGCUUCUCCAAGCAGAACAGUUGUUGAGAAAAAGGGUCUGGGACCACAGCAAACCAAGAAAGAGAAAACCGCUCCCCAAGCUCAAGCCACUUUGCAGGAGGGGGAAAAUACCAAGAAAAAGAAACCUGCUAAAGUUGCACCAACCACAGCAACACCAAAUACUGCAACUGUUGCUGCAGUUAAAGAGCUUAUUGACAGCUUUCUGAAGAAACCCAGAGAGGAGCUUUUGCAGUAUGCUGCUCACAUCACGCUGGAUUUCAACACAGCUCAUAAUAAAGUGGUUCUGUCUGAGAGAUACACCAGGAUGUCUGUCUCAGACAUCCCCAUGAAUUACAACCACCACCCUCAACGCUUCACCGAUUGUCCCCAGGUGCUGGGGUUCCAGUGCUUCAAGAGAGGCAUCCACUACUGGGAAGUGGAACUGCAGCAGAACAACUUCUGUGGCAUCGGGAUCUGCUACGGCAGCAUGGACCGGCACGGGCCCGAGAGCCGCCUGGGCAGGAACAGCAGCUCCUGGUGUAUCGAGUGGUUUAAUUCCAAAAUAUCAUCCUGGCAUAACGAUGUUGAAAAGUGCUUACCCAACAUUAAGGCUACCAAGAUUGGUGUGUUGCUGCACUGCGAUGGAGGGUUUGUGAUUUUCAUGGCUGUUGGGGAGAAGCAUAACUUGAUCUAUAAGUUCAAAACCCAGUUUACUGAGGCCCUGUACCCUGCCUUCUGGUUAUUUUCCAGUGGCACGGUUCUCUCUCUCUGCCAAAUGAAACAGGGUGAUAUGUAGUGCUCCUAAGUACUUACAUGCAUGUGAUCAGUAGCAGUAACUCUUUGUGUGUCUUAGUCUAAGAAGUCUCAAAGAUUGAUUGCUUGAGACAAAAAUUACUAGUUCUUUUAAGCAUUUUGGGAAAUCUGCUGAUUCUUUGCUCUGAAUUGCUACUGACUUUAGACAGUGAUUUAGUAAAAUGCUGAUGAUAGUAAAAACUAUGUUGAAAGGUUUUGCACAGAUCUUGAUUCUCCUUCUAAAAGCAAAGAUGUGAGACAAACCAUUGUUAAAUGUCUUCAUUAGCCACUGUGGCUUCUGUGGUUUCCUGUAGAGGAUCUCCAGAAUUAAUUUCAGGUCCAAGUGUCUUUCACAGGUAGCAAGAACCCUUUUGAGAAAGAAACAGGAGGAAUUUCUUGAGACAUUCAGGUUCCAGGCUUUGAGGGAGGUCUCUGUGUUGCCUUUUUCUAUAUGCAGAGACUGUUGUCCGUAGCCAGGAUCUGCUAUACACUUGUUGUCAGUGUAUGACUCUGUGAGGCGGUACAGAAUGAACUAUUAAAAGGAGUAAGUUCAGGUCUUACGAUGUGAAGUUAUAAAAGCCAGAGUCACAAAUCUCAUCAGAAUGGAAAUGCAGAAACUUUUAGAGUUGAGGGAUAAGAAAUGGUGUCACAAUCACCAUGAAAUAAAUGACGUUGACUUGGAGACUGGAAAUACACCAGAGUCUUCAGGAAGAUAUCCUGCAGAGCAGUAGUGUGUACCCUGUAAUAAUACAGUUUGUGGGAUGAAGCAUUGUGUCUCAUGCUCUGACCCAGAACAUGCUUCAUAUCCUCACACCGAAGGUUCUUCAGUGGCUUUUUUGAGUGCUGAGAGGUUCAGGGAGUGCAUUUUUGGCUUGCAUAAGGAGCAUAAGUGUGCUGUUCACUGAAAGCAGGGUCUCUUGUCACAAAGCUUUUUCUCUUUGUGAGGUGGGGUAUUCUCUGCUGGCGUAUCUUAAGUUGUUCAGGUGGUAGAAAACGGAUUUCUUACAUCUUGAUGGAACUCUGAUUUGAGGAGUCUUAAGAUAGUCUGCACAGUACAUAGAAAAUGCUGCUUCCUCUCUGUGUGAAGCCUGUGGGCAGAUAGGCGAGUCUUUUGAAACACACAGGGAACAAGCACAAAGGAGAAUAUACUUCCAUUCCCACUGAAAUGGAUUUUUAAUUCUCUUGGUGUUCUUUCCUUUAGUUUGUGGUAUGUUUCAGAAGUCCUUGCCACAUAGAGAAGGAAACUGCACUUCUGCAUUUUUUACUUACAACUUUAAAACCACCAGUAGGCAGUCAAGGUAUUGGGAUCUCAGAGUUAUUGGGCUUAUAUCUUGUUGAUGCCUCUGGACUUGCCCUGCUAGCUCUCAGUUCUCGUAGUAGCCCAUGAAGAACAGGGAAGCUCACACAAAGGACUUCCUGGACUUUGAUUUGCAAGACUUCCCCUUAUGGGACUUGGUGAAAUAAACCACAAAGCCACUACUGGCAGUUCGGAAGGGAAUUUUUAGAAGGAUUAAAGGAAUCUUUGUGAAUAGAUUUCACAUUAGUCAAAGUGAUUUAUAGAGAGACUUACAGAAAUUCAAGCUUAGUGUCUCUAAUUUUACUUAGUUUGUAAACUCUUAGUACUUUGUCAAGGAUAGCAUAAGCCUCUGAUAAGAGGCUUCCAGUUCUUUGGCCAGAAUAGGAUAUGGAAUUGAUGGUGGACCUAAAAGUGUCACAGCUGUCUUUGGAGUAGUUGUACUAUCUCAAAGGUCUUAGCUUUCCAAAGCACAGCGAGCACUAAAACUACCAAACUAAGCAGAACACUUCAAAACUUGUGUAAGGAAGAUGCAUCCUGCUGGGAGCCAACCAUUAAUGCAAACCUGUUUUCCCAGUUUUUCAGCAGUGAGGGACAAGGGCAGUUUCUUCUGAGAAAUGCUGUCCCUGUAGCUGCUUGGCUGUCAGACAGGACUGCAGAUCCACUCAGUCCCCUUGUUUGUAGGGGAAAAAAGUGCUCUGUGGAUUUGUGCAGUGAAGAAGGUCCACAUUUCCUAUUGCUUGCUUCUUGACUUUGAAAGGGGUGUUAACCUCUAAGUCUAUGGGCUUCUUUAGCCACAGUCUGGAGCGAUGCUCAAGCGAAGUAAAGAAGAGCUCUUAUUCUGCCAUGGUGGACAAGGUUGGAGUCUUUACAUGUGACACUGGUGUAUGACCAACAGCACAUAGCACUAAGGUGUUCUGGAUUACCACAGGCAGAGAAAGAAGCCUGUGCUGUAUUCCUGAUGAUUUUUUUUUCCUUUUGUGCUAUGAAUGAUUAGAAAUGAUAGAAUGAGUUUCUGUUAAUUUGGAAUGAAAUGAGAAAUGCGUUACUGAAUUGCUUUACCUCUGAAAACUGUUACUUUGGUUAACUUCAGAUAUCUUGGAUAUAUCAAAACAUUUGGGGGUGAUACGACAUUAGAAAAAAUACUAAUUACAAUGUGAUAAAUGACAGUUCAAAAGCGUCUUCAAUAUAACUGAAGUGUUUUUACCGGGCCAGUAACUAUCAGUGCUGUACUGGUUUUAAACAAAAUAUAGAUACAAGCAUACACUUUAAUUAUACUUCUCUUUUUAAUACUAUAAAGAAUCUACUUAUCCAGUCUAGAAAAAGAACUAAUUCUGGUGUUAGCAAAGCCAUGAGGAUGUGGAAUGAUUUGCAUAGUAAUAUACAAGCAAGAGUUGAUGGAGAAAUAUUUACUGAAAAUAUAUUAAUCUGUUUAAAUUUAAUCUUUAACAAAACACAUCAGUAAAAUACUGCAGUUAGAAAAAUUAAUGCUAGUGCAAUUAUAAACCUGUUAACUGUACUGAUAUAUCUGUGUACUUCAGUAUGUAUACUGUAUGUUACUUCAUAUAGCUAAACGUCCUUGUCAGGGCAGUAGACACAGUUUUUUAUGCCACCUGUUUUAUGGCUGUGUGUAACUCUUAGAACCUGACUGUUCAUCUUUUCAGCUGCAAAAUUAAUUAAUUGUGAUACUUGGAAAUCAAUAAAUACUUGUGGUAAUUCCUAAA